AAUUGGUGUUUCAUUAAGAAGUAACCCACCUUUGCCAGCUGUUUUCAGAUUUUUGACUGCUAACGGAACCAAAUCAAUGCGUCUUUUUUCCGGUCGGACCGUAAACUACAGGGACAUCCGUUAUGGCUGGAUAACGAUGGCUUACCCCGAGUUUACAUCGGAAUAAACAAACUGGUUGAUGGCAACUCUUGCUCCUCCCAUCCCAUCUGCUCUUGCCUCAUUGCUUUCCACAUUGCUUCCCUGCGGUUUUGCUAUAGGGCCUUCACGGCUCUGUGAGGGCAAGCUGGGGCUGUGGUGGGUGGGUCGUUCGCUGGAGGCUGGUUCGCUUCUAGGGAGAGAGGGGGACACAGAAUGGGCAUGGAAAUAUCACAGGGACCUGAUGAAUCACAGCCAAGAAGAUGAACUCAUGAUGAAGUUCCAGAAAGGACAGACCAACAGCGCAGAGGCAGAAAAGGCACUGACAGAGAGAGCGGCACAUAAAGAAGCUCUACUGCAAAAAGAUCCCUGGAUCAACUUUGCCUGUCAGGCACAAAGCAGAGCCCAGGAGAAUGUGGCAGUGCAGUGUGCAUGUAGCGGGGUGUGUGUGGGUGAGUGUGCGGAGGUAUAUCUGCGUGUGCGUCAGGUCAUCCAGCCAGGAUCAGAGCUGCUGUUGUAUGAUGGUAUCGUGGGAAAAACCUGGAGAACAGAUAGACCUGAUGCACAGGAUGACUCUCCUGCACAAAACAAAGGCUUGGCGAUUUCAUCUAUGAGAAUUAACGCUGUGCUUCAAGCCCGCAAAGAUUGCGACUUGGAACAUAUCAAAGACCCAGAGGCCAUAAUUACCAACAUAUCAGUCAUUCAAGAAGAGGACACAGAUGCCAAACACAAGGAGGAUGACGAGGAGGAAGGACACAGAAACACCUGCAGAUACAUCAAGCGGAGUCAUCGAGUCACACGCAGGAGGAAGGGACUUGAGAAAAUCCUUUCUGAGCCGAGUCCAGACAGUGACAGGCAGCAAGAUACCCGCACUGGCACACAGUCAGACACAACACACAUAAAUAACAUCACCACAGGAGGUGGACACACAGAUAGUACAGGUGGUGUUGAGGCUGCUGGGACACAAUCUCGAGGCCUCUCUGAACCCCCAGCUGUCCGCAGCAGCUCCCGCCUGGCUGGUAAACCACGACAGGUUCACUGUCUGACCAGCCGGAUGAAAAGACCCCCUGCCCGCUCUGACCCACUCCAACACACAGAGGGACAAAGGCAGGGCUCCUCUGCGAGUGCCGUGUCUGUUCCAGAGAAGGUGCUUUCUAUGAGGACAGUACACCCUGAGGCUGUCGCAGCAACAAGUGCUGCUGGGGUGACACCUGCAUGGCAUCCAGAGAACAGAGAGAGGCGGUACAGAUGUUCCAGCUGUGGUAAAAGGUUCUACCAGCUCAGUCACUUGAAGAAGCAUCACUUUAGUCACACAGAGGAGAAGCCAUUCACUUGCCCAGAGUGUGGGAAAAGCUACACCUCUGCAGAAAGCUUCAGAGCCCAUCAGAUGAGUCACCGCGGGGAGCGUCCGUUCUCCUGUCCUCACUGUGAGAAGACCUAUGGCCUGAAGCGGGACCUGAAGGAGCACUUAGUCGUGCACACUGGAGAAAAACCUUACACCUGUGAGCACUGUGGCAAGGCAUUCGCACGCCGCCCCUCCCUACGCAUCCACCGCCUCCUUCACUGCAGCAGAAUGAUCUACAUGCAGCCCCCGAAGGUGCAGUGUACAGUUUGCUCUAAGUUGCUGGCAAACUCCGGUUCUCUGAGGAACCACAUGAAACUCCACACAGGGGAAAAGCCUCACAUCUGUCAGCACUGUGGGAAGUGCUUCAGUCAAAAAGGAAACCUCCAGUGCCAUCUGAGAAUUCACAAUGGAGAGAAGCCGUAUCCCUGCACCGAGUGCAACCAGACUUUCUCUCAGAAACCAGAACUUCGCCGGCACAUGUUUGCCCACACUGGGGGAAGUUUCCUCUGUAGCUACUGUGGAAAAUCGUUGAGGGACCCGCACAGCUUGAAGUCCCACGAGAGACUGCACACUGGAGAAAGGCCCCAUCGCUGCACUAUCUGUGGAAAAGGCUACACCUUGGCCACCAAACUGAGGAGACACAUAAAGUCGUCUCACCUGAUGGAGAAGCCAUACAGCUGCCACUGCGGCGCUUCCUACACCGUGAGACAAAGUCUGCUGAGGCACCAAGCUCAACACAGGACAGAGGGAGGAACUCAGAAGGAGGUGGAGGAGGAGGGAAGACAUGGAGAGGAGAUGAAAAGCAGGAAGAAAGAGGUUGUGCGAAAGUUGGUGGCUUUAAGCUCCGGCCACCCAAAACCAGUCAGAGGCCGACCCAAGAAGAACUCGCUUCCCCAAGAAUCAGGAGAGAAAAAUGGAGGGGGAAUGAAGCAGAGAAGAGGACAAGACAGAGAGGACAAAAAUGAGGUGAGGCAGGUAGGGAGGAAGAUUCAAGAGGAUGAGACCUCAAUGGGAGGAGAUGGAGAGGUUUCUAGUAACAUCCAACACGCCGUUGUGUACGUCCAUACGGACAACCUGUCCACGCCAAGCUCCACCCCUCUGCUCCUCACCUCGGAGAGCUCACUGCCUACAGGGAUGGGGCAGGAGCUGGUGGAGGUAGUGAUAACUGAGGGAACAGAGCAGUGCAUUGUGGUCCACGGGCAGCAGACGGUAGGAGAGCUGCUGAUCGUACAGGAGGAGGGGAGUGGACUCUGCUCUGUGGCUCAGACUGUUGAGAUAAACACAGUCUAGCACAAAAUUCAAAGUUUGUCAAAUCAUUAUCUGGCAGUUUCUAUCUGACAGAUGUUUCAGUGGACCCUGACUACAAGGAAUCAUGUCGCACUGCUACAGUAAAUAUUAUUUCAUCAGUGUAUCUCAUUAUAAAGCUUUUUGUUUUAAACCCACCUUCCAUCACCCUACCUCAUACACAUUUUCUUCGGGUUAAUAAUUUAUUUUUUUUUGCAUUUUCCAGAUUCCGUUUGAACAACCGCUACAGAGCAGAUGUGAGCUCAGACGUAAUUGGCUAUUGGGUACACAUGUAGUAUGGGAGAGAAAUAGCAGUAGCAGCAGUUGGAACAAGAGAAGUGAACCUCCUGCCCUGUUCUCACAUUCCACCAUGUUUUGUUUCAUUUUGGUUUGUGUGUGUGUGUGUGUAAACAUGUCCCAGAGCCUCUUCCGUGAUUUUCUUUCAUGUUGAACAUGAGUGCACUGCCUGAUUGUGAGUAGCCAACACCCAAAGCUGACAUUUAUUGUUGAGGUGUAAGAUGAAACAAAACAUUGUGCUGUCAGAGACCACUGAAGUUGCAAUGAAAGAUCUGAACUUGACAUCGCGACUUCUACAUUUAACCAGCUAUGCCCUGGAGUUAAAAGAAACUAAAUAAAAAUACAUCUCAAAAUACAUUGUGCUCUAUGUGUGUCUUCAGCCACAUUUGAAGGACCUAUACUCCCACACAGCUGUUUUCACUUAGCCUGCCUGUUUAGACCUUUGCUCAGGUUGGAGGUGGUCACCAUGUGCUAAAUUUGUCCCAGCCUAACAGGCGAAGUGAAGGUAAAAUGAAACUGAGGAUCAAUCCAACACAGUCUGAAGUGAAAUUGUCCUUUCUUUCAUUAUCUGUGUUUGACUGUGUAUUAAUGUGUUGUAUAUGUAAAUUCCUUUAAAGUACAGACUGAUGUGCUUCACAGAGUGAUGAAAAAUGACUCAUUCAUUCCACACCACAUACCGAUACUUGAUGUAUUCACUGAUUUGAUUUUUUUUUUUUUUUUUUUUGGUCACAGCAGAACAAACUGUAAACAGAACAUGAUAUGUUAUCACCUUAUAAAAUUGUUAAUUAACAUUCUCCAUGUAAUAUUUCUGUAACGGUAAAGCUAGCGUUGGUUUUGUUGGUCCCUUGGUCCCUGUUUUCUUGAGCAAAAUAUCAUGGGUUGUUUCCUCUGCUUUCAGUAACAUCACUAUAUGGACACAAGACUGACAAUGUAAAGAAGGAGCCGAAUUUUGGAGGCAGCCCGACUGUCACAGAGAGGUUCGACAUCAGGCUGGUUCUCUGUCCGGUCAUGUUAGUUAAUAAUCAAAAGGCUUAGUCAUGCUGUUGAAAAUAGAGACAAACGUCAGCCGCUGGUGAGCCUCAGGAUGUUGUCUAUAAAAGACCCUCCAUAUGACCAAAUUUCAAAACCAGCUGGACAUCUGGUGCAUACAGAGAAGUAGAAAUGCAUAUUUCCCCACUCCUAAAAGAUUUAUUUAGUCUGCAUAGGAAAGGUGUGGCAAAAUAUAAAUAUAUGGCCAUAAGUAAGUAGACAGGUCUUUACACAUACUUUUGUGUACAGUAUGUUUAGGUCCAAGGUUUCUUUGUUCCAGUGAAGGGACAUUUUACAAUGAUAAUACAUUGUUAUUAGAGACAAUUGUGUGCUUCCAGCUUUGUGGCAACACUUUCACUGUCUCUUUCCUGGCACAACAUGACAAUGUCCCCAUGUUGCAAAUUCAAUCAAAUUGCAAAAUUCAAUCAAAUGACUACAGAGACUUAAAAUGAGUAAAAAUAGAUGCAGAACAGCCACAGAGAUACAAAAUGAGUACAAUGAAGCACAAUGUGAGUACAGAGAGAGACACAAGACAAAAAUAGACAUGCUGCUUACCAAAAUGACAAAGAGACAAGACUAUUACAAAGAGUCUUUUGAGCUACCUUUCAGAAUAACAUUAGUAUAGAAAUUACAGUAUAAUCAUAAGACUUUGGAAAAUUCACAAACUACCCAGCAAUUCAACUUAAAUACUUAUAAGCUUGUUAAAACUAGCCCCCUCGUUUACCAGCUGCAGCAUUAAAUCUAAUGAACACUAGUGCAUCUGUAAUUAUCAAAUCAUAUAA